UAAAAUACAUGUGACGAAUAACUUACUCGAUGAAUCAAUAAAAAUGAUUUUCUUAAUUAUAUAAAUACUCUGACGAUAUUAAACGAUUAAUGAGAAAAGAUAAACGAGAAUUUUUAUCGUUUUAGAAACGAACUUUAAGGAAGGACAUUUAAUCCAAAAAAAAAUAUUCUUUUUGAACAAUAAUUUACAUACCGUAAAAUUUUUUGAAACUAUUAUCGAACUGAUAUCGUUGUCAAUAAUAGUUAUAGGUUAGAUAUAGGUUGGAAAUUUUUCCAAGGUCGAUGGGGAAAAAUGGAUAUGAUGGGUGAUGUGUUUCUGUACGUGUAUGUAUAUAUGUAUGUACGUGUGUAUGAAACGGGUAACACGAAGGGCUUCCGAUUGGAGAAUGAAAGAAAAGUUUGUGUCCGGAAGACGAUGAAUUAAGUUUCAUCGUUGUGUUAUUAACUGUUUCGUCCGAGUCAGUGGGGAUCAGUCGAGGUUUGAUCAUCGAGCGGAGUACACGUUCUUCGUCUCUUUUCAACGACGUAUGUACUUGCGUACGUCGCUUCUGCGUGUCAUUCAUUUCGAUUCGUCGAGGCUUUAAAUCCCACGCGAAUAGCAAAAAUCUCCGUGGAUCGUCGGUACUUUGUACGUGCGUUGUGUCGACAACGAGUGUCUGGAUUUAUCUUUAAACAUGGUUUUUGAUCAACUGAUAACGCAGAAGAAACUUUAAACCGAGAAUGAGACAUUGAUAUGAUAUCGUGAAAAAUGUGGUUAGAAGGUAUUAAUGAAUGUUCGGUACCAGCGACAGGUACUUCUAAUCAUGGACGACAUAUUCAAAACGAAUAUCCACAAAUGAUUGAAGGUGAUCCAUCAUAUGAAGUAGAGAAUAUGGGAACUAUUAGCAUGAUGGCUAGAAAAAUUGCUGCAAAUAGGAUUUUUGUUAAUCGUAGUCUUCAUUUAGAAAAUAUCAAAUUUUAUGGAUUUGAUAUGGAUUAUACAUUGGCGGAAUAUAAAUCUCCGCAAUAUGAACAGCUUGGAUUUAAUCUCUUAAAAGAUCGUUUAGUAUCUUUGGGAUAUCCACAAGAAAUUAAAGCAUUUGAAUAUGAUCCUAGUUUCCCGGUACGAGGCCUAUGGUUUGAUACUCUUUAUGGAAACUUAUUGAAGGUUGAUGCCUAUGGAAAUAUUUUAGUCUGUGUACAUGGAUUUGAAUUUUUAAAACACUCUCAGGUUUAUGAACUCUACCCAAAUAAGUUUUUACAAUUAGAUGAAUCAAGAGUCUAUGUUUUGAAUACGCUGUUCAAUUUGCCAGAAACUUAUCUUUUAGCAUGUCUCAUAGAUUUCUUCACGAAUUCUCCACAAUAUAGUAGAGAAAAAACUGGAGUUAAAGAAGGAGAACUUACUAUGAGUUUUAAAAGCAUUUUCCAAGAUGUAAGAAAUGCUGUUGACUGGAUUCACUUGCAUGGAAAUUUAAAAAGUAAGACUAUAGAGAACUUGGAUGAAUAUGUGAAAAAAGAUGAACGGCUCCCAAUGUUUCUUACACGUAUUAGAGAAAGUGGUGCAAAACUAUUUUUGUUAACAAAUAGUGAUUACGUUUUUACUGAUAAAAUAAUGACCUAUUUGUUUGAUUUUUCACAUGGUGCAAGGCCUGACGAACCACAUCGAAAUUGGAAGACAUAUUUUGAUACUAUUGUUGUUGACGCCAGAAAGCCAUUAUUUUUUGGUGAAGGUACAAUCUUGCGACAGGUAGAUACUAAAACUGGUGCUUUAAAACUUGGAACACAUAAAGGCCCUCUUCAUACAGGUGAAGUCUAUUCAGGAGGAUCGUGCGAUGUUUUCACAGAAUUAAUAGGCGCAAAAGGUAAAGAUGUAUUGUAUGUUGGAGAUCAUAUAUUCGGUGAUAUUUUGAAGAGUAAAAAAAUUCGAGGAUGGAGAACAUUUUUGAUAGUACCGGAAUUGGUUCAGGAAUUACAUGUAUGGACAGACAAAUGUCAAUUGUUCGCAGAAUUGCAAAAUUUGGAUGUAAUGCUAGGAGAGAUGUAUAAAAACUUGGAUAGUAGCACAAAGGAAAAACCAGAUAUAUCUAAACUUCGAACUUCCAUAAGAGAUGUCACGCACAAAAUGGAUUUAGCAUAUGGUAUGAUGGGAUCACUGUUUCGCAGUGGAAGUAGGCAGACAUUUUUCAGUAGUCAGGUAGUGAGGUAUGCAGAUUUGUAUGCUGCUACUUUCCUCAAUCUGAUUUAUUAUCCAUUCUCAUACAUGUUCAGAGCACCUGCUAUGCUCAUGCCACACGAGAGUACAGUUGCUCACGAACAAAGAUUUGUUAUGGAAACACCCAUGAUCAGUCGAUCAAGAACAUUUAAACUUUCAGAAGAAGAAGAAGAACAAAAUCGACUGACUGCUAAAGCUAUAUACAUGGAUCACUUAAAUAGUCAAAUUCCACAUGCAAGGCCUGAAACACCACGUAAUGUAACACAUACGCAUGAUGAAGACUGCAGUGAUGAGGAUAGUGAUUCUCAGAAGCAAGGGAACUGUACUAAGGCGUGCUCAAAAAAUUUUAACUGUAAUUAAUUUGUUAUAAUACUAAUUACAUAACUUCUUUAAAAAAUUUAUUAAAUUUAACUUCGUAACAUUUUUCGUUUGAGAUUAAUAUUAGUCCAGGACGCUGUCUAGUUAAUUUCCAAAGCAGGAAACUUAAUUGUGUUUAUAUAUAUAUGUUUUGAUAAUGCUUUUCGUGUUUUCAAUCGACUGUUACAUAUCUUGUAAUCUACCGAAUUCUAUAUGCAUUAUACGAGGCUUCAUAAUUCUUUUUAUAUUGCAAUAAAAAUUGUAUUUUAACAGUUUUUACAUAUAACCAUAUUAUAUGUUAGAUAAAGGAAAUGGCUAUGGACUUUCAUAGUAUUGAAAGAAAUGUAUAACAAAAUUACUUUGUUAUAUCAUUUACAAUAUAGUAACAUCUGAACAUAAUGUAAAUGGUACAUUGUAACAUAUUAUUUGUUAAAUAUGUGAAGUUAUUUAUUAUAAAUUUUUCAUAUACCGACUUCUGGAAUUUCAAACAGUAAUAUGUAAAAAUGAGUAGAAUACAAUAUGUGCAAACAGAUGUAGUUAAUUAUGAUGUACAUAUAAAAUAUGUACCUCACAAAAGUUAUAUAUGCGUGGAACAUAAACAUAAAAUCUCAAAUUUAUAUUUAUUUCAGAAGUAUAUGAAGGCCAUGAGCUUUAUGUAAUAAUAUUUAUGAAACAUCGCUAUUAUUAUUAUUUACGAAUUUAGAUACAUACAUUAGGAUUUACAUAUUUAUAACAGAUUAUUUUCGCACAAGAGAGAUGUAUAUAUAUAUAUAUUUGAAUAUAUCUAAUUUGUGUUAUUUAAUUAAGACAUUGUUGAAUUUGUAAAAUAUGUUUUAUAUUUAUUUCUUAUGCAGUAAUUAUACGAAUAGGAUAUUUAUUGAAGCCAAAGCUGAAUAUCAAUUGUAUGCAAAAUUUAUAGGAUAAGGUUGGUUAUUAGAUAAGCAUUUUUACACGAAAUUUAGCUGAGUAAUAUUUACAAAUAUGUAAAGGUUAUGGUCAAAUGUUUAAAGAUAAAUAGCCAAAAGGAAAUAUAGAGUGAGAUUGUCGUGUAAUAAUAAUACUUUGAUUAUAUGAGAUCUAAUAUUAUACAAACUGCAUACUCUUUUUUGAUAUAUUUAGUUCAUUAUACUAAUUCAAAUAAUCUUGUUAAAAUUAUCAAAAAUUUCUAUAUGCGUAUGAGAAGUGGAAGUAAAGUGGAUUUUGAUAAAAAAUUUACAUUUGUAACAGUAUGACAAUAUUAGUCGUGUAUAAUGAUAAGUAAUUAUUCAGAUUUCAUGCAGUUUGUAUUAGUGUUAAUAUUGCUAACUGAAGAUCUCUUCCAUAAUUGACAUUAGAAUGUAUUAACAUUGUUUUAACGAAAUAGUCAAUUCAAUUGAUCAAGUGUUAUAUGUAAUAUUGCAAGAGUUUGAUAUUAAAUUAAAAAAAGAUAGAUAUGUUAAACAAAAAAAAAAUUGUAUAAAAUCAUUCUUAGAAUAGAGACAACUUUUGUAAUAACUUCGCACAAUAAUAGCAGUUAAAAAUGUCUUAUUGAAUUAAAUAAUUAAUGAAAACAUGUGAUUUUGAACUGGGCAAGUUAUAAAUAAUUACAUUGUAUCGUAUAGUUUGUAUAGUAGCUGAUUACAUUUUUAAUAAAGGACGUAGUAAAUAUAUACAA